AUGGAAACCAAGAAAUUCCUCCUUCUAGUUGGAUUCUGUCUUCUUCUCUCUUCAUCUAAUUCUUCCCUUGAGUACGAGUAUUAUCGAGGAUCAUGCCCUCAGGCGGACCACAUUAUCAGUUCAACCCUACGCCGGAUCUAUGAUCAAAAUCCAGGAGUUGCUCCAGCAAUUCUUCGCUUGGUUUUUCACGAUUGUUUCGUACAGGGAUGUGAUGCUUCGGUACUUUUGGAUGGCACUGACAUAAUGCGGAGUGAGAAAGACACUCCUCCAAAUCAGUCUUUGAAGGGAUUUGAUCAUGUUGACACCAUCAAGUCUGGAUUAGAAACUGUAUGCCCUGGUGUCGUUUCUUGUGCUGAUCUUCUUGUGGUGGCUGCUCGUGACAGCAUCAUACUGGCUGGUGGACCAUUUUAUCCGGUUCUAACCGGUAGGAAAGAUAGCAAUCGUGCUUUCCCUGACAUUUCAUAUGAGCUUCCUAGUCCUAUGGAUGAUCUUCCCACAAACAUUGCAAGAUUCGCAACAAGGGGUUUUACUGAAAAAGAAACAGUUAGUCUCCUAGGUGCCCACAGUACUGGAAAGAUUCACUGCAGGUUCUUUGAAAAGAGGCUGUACAAAUUUGGUGGCACUGAUCAGCCAGACCCAUCUAUGGAUGGUGAUUUUGCUGAGCUCCUACGAUCCAUAUGCAACAACACCCACUCCCCAUCUCCAUCACCAUCACUAUCACCAUCAUCACCAUCUUCGUCAAAGAGUCGCCAGGAGCAGGCAAUGAAGAUGGACUAUGAAGGAGCAGGAGCAGGGUUUGGCACUCUUUACUACCGCAGCCUGCUGCAGGGUAGGGGUAUCCUGUUUGUAGAUCAGCAGCUGACAGCUGGGGAAGAGACUGCAAGUUGGGUUAGACAAUACGCAUCAGAUGUUUCACUGUUUCGUAGAGAUUUUGGCAAGGCAAUGAUGAAGCUUUCGAGUACCAAUGUGCUAACGGGAGCCAAUGGGAAUGUGAGGCAAAGCUGCCGAGAAGUGGAUUCUUCUUUGUGGUAG